AUGCCCAAAUACUACUGUGACUACUGUGACACCUUCCUCACGCACGAUUCUCCUUCUGUUCGCAAGACCCAUUGUAAUGGCCGGAAACACAAGGAGAAUGUGCGGUUCUACUACCAGAAGUGGAUGGAAGAGCAGGCACAGAAUCUAAUUGAUGCUACCACCGCUGCAUUCAAAGCCAACAAGGCGCUGGCACCAUCUCCGUUUGGAGGCUUAAAACCGCCGAUUCCAGGAAUGCCGCCAGUCCUUCCACCAGGGGUGGAAACAGCACCAUUGAGUCUUGGAAAUCGUUUGAAAGCAGAGUGA